AUAUCCUCCUAACCCCCUAACAUACCCUCUCUGUUCUCGAUAGUCGUCCCUCAAGACAUGACCAGCUGGAAGCGAAGACAUCGCGGUGGGGGGCGCCUAUAUAAGACGGCCUCAGUCCGGAGGGGGUCAGUGCCGUGUCCCAGUCAUCGCCAUGUCUAUCCUCUUCUUCAGCUGCCUCUGGGUCUUUGCGGCGAUCUCUGCGGCGCAGCAGGUCCUAGGUUGGUCUACGAUAACUCAACUCUCUUUAGUUCUAAUAUCAACCAUUUUUAUCGAUAAAACAUUUUUAAUUAUAAUAUUAUUAUUAUUAUAAUUUAUUUUAUAUAUUUUCCAAAUAUUCAGAAGUAUAUUCAUUUAUUUAUAAUAUGUUUUAGACCACCUGGGACAUUUUCGUCCUGUAUCACAAUUAUAAAAUUAACUACUACUAAAAUACAAAUAACAUAACUACAGAAACCUAAUACAAUUUUACAAUUUUUUUACCAUAAAUUUAAAAAGUUAAAUAAUACUUAUAGUUAAAUAUAAAAGUACGAUUAAAUUAAAGUUAGAAAAGUUAAAAUACAAGUGUAAUUAAAAUUAAAAUUUAUGAAUUAGAUGAAGAGAAGUUACACAAAAGAACGUAAAAUUAAAUGUUAAAGAUUACAAUAAUAAAGGAUACCAAGUACAACUUAAAAUAACAAAUUAGAAAUUACAAGAAGAAAAGUAAAAAAAAACAAAACAAUUAAAAUUAAAACUUUAAGAUUAGUAUGAGGAAGGUUGACAAAAACGAUCAUUAUAUACUAGUUGGCCCGUGCGAAUAAUUCGCAGAAAAUUUUGUUUAC